AUCAGGUUACUUACUUAGAGCAGAUAUCGACAAUUUUCGCGAUCUUAGUUUGUGUUUCAAAUGUUGUAAUCAUUGUUUGUAAAAUAAUAUAAGAGUAGUGACGACUGCAUAAAAAUGCCCUUUAAACGGUCUGCUAUGAGAUACGGUCACAUCGUCGGUUACACCAGUGUAGCUUAUCAAGAUGAUGGAGAACGAAUACUCAGUAUCGGACACGAUGGCGACAUUCGAAUUUGGGACGGUGUAUUUGACGAUGACCCGGUGACGACCUGCGUGGCCGAAAACGUUUGGGCUAUGCUGCAGUAUGGCGACCGAGUUUUGAUCGCAAACGAUUUAAACACGGUGCAGGCAUACCGGUUUCCUGGAUUGGAAAAGGACGGCAUUGAUUUCCGGUUUACGGCCUUUGUCACCAGUUUGGUGCGCAACGAGCGUUUCAUAGUGGCUGGAUCGGAGGAUGGCAUGAUAAAGGUGAAACCAGCCGACGGCGAAGGUGAUUUUGAACUGAGUGGAUCGGAGGGACCAGUUCUAAGUGCAGCCCUUAGUGUAAAGGAUUUAUUGGCAGCUGCCUGUGGGGAUGGUAAACUUAGGAUUUGGGAUUUGAAGAGCAAGGAAUUGGUGAAGACUUUUGAUGGACUGCGAAAGGUUAAGAGUUUUGAAGGCAAUGUGCAUUUCGCCACCCCAUGUUUUGAGCCAGUCCGUGGAAAUGUCUUAGCUUACCCCAAGGGUAAUCAGAUCGUGGUACUCAAUACCGCCACUUGGGAGCAGCAAAAAGUACUCAAACAUUCGAAAUUUGGUUCGGAUUUCACCUGUUGUGCCUUUUCUCCGCGAGGAGACUUUUUUGCCGCUGGUUCGGACAAAGGAGAGAUUGGUAUUUGGGAGUAUAAAGCUGGUGAAAUUUUGGAUGGGGAAAUAGCAUCGAUUGAUCCAUAUCCAAUUACUGGUUUAGCUUGGAAUCCUAAAAAUAAUGGGGAGCUAGUUAUUUGCGAUGAUCAAGGACAAUUGGGGAACGUAAAUGAUAUUUUCCUUAGCGAUGAAGCUGCUUUGGCAGACGACGGAAACGAUUUAAUCGAAAUGGCAGAAAAAGAAGCCAACGGAAUCUCGGAUGAUGACGAAGAUAUGGAAAUAAAUGAUAUCUAUUCGAAACAUGUUGCUGACAAAAAGUUGCUGGCAGACGAUUCCGACGAUGAAAAUAGUUUCUCAGUAAGCAAAUUAAAAAGUCAAUAUGCUACGAAUUAUGACGACCUUAAUAGUGAGAUUUUGAGCAACAAAGCCGAAGAUGUUGGUUCUCGUGGGGCUGCCAAUGAUGAGGAUGCUCAUUCUGUUAUGAGUGAUAGAAUCGGCGUAAAAUCUUAUCCGAUGCAAGAUUAUUUCCAAUCGGGAUCUACCCCGGACCAUUUGGAACAUCGAUAUCUAGUGUAUAACCACGUGGGAAUCGUCAGAGCCCAUUCUGAUGAUAAGGAGAAUUCUAUCGAAGUUGAAUUUCACGACUCUCAGAAGCAUCACGGUAUCCAUUUGAAUAACUAUUUAAAUCACACAAUGGCUGGAUUAAGCGAGACGGUACUGGCAAUGGCUUGCACUUCCGGUGUGGAGGAGAAGGGUAGUAAACUGGUUUGCAUAAACUUAGUCGCCUUUGGCAAUCGAGAAUGGAGCUGCACCAUGCCCGGGACUGAGGAAAUUAUUGGCGUUGUUGCUUCGGAUAAGAUUGUUGUGGUAGCAACUGACUGUCGUCUGCUGAGAAUCUUCACAGCAAGAGGCACUCAACGUGAGGUUAUUUCCGUGCCGGGGCCACUCGUUUCAAUGGCGGCUUACGGUGACCAUGUUCUAGUGGCGUAUCAUCGCUCGCCGCCGAAUGAAGACCAGCAGAUAAAUCUAAUGUUGAUCACAUGUGUUAAGUUCAAGUUGCGCUGCCGAGAGGUACCGAUUCCGUUGACUGCCGGUGCCGAAAUGCGCUGGUUGGGCUAUACCGACAAAGGUUCCCCAGUCGUGUACGAUUCAGCAGGCAUCAUGCGCUUGUAUCAAGCGUCGGCCAAUCUUUGGUUUCCGAUUCUGGAUGCCGAGCAGCAUAAAGCCGGUGCUUCCGAUAGUCUCUUCAUUGUUAACGUGUGUGAAUCGGUUCAGCAGGUUCAGUUGAUCGUAUGCCGUGGGGCGAAAUUUCCACUGACCAAUCCGAGACCGAUUCCGAUGAAUGCAAACUUCCAACAGCCGAUGUGCGACGUUGACUUUGAAAAGGGUACCCUGGAGGAUGAGUUGGUCCGGAGCAUCUACUUGAAAAGUGAUGAAGCUGAUAAGAUUCUGAAAGAGACUGCUGUCAAGUUAUUUGCGCUUGCCUGCCGCUCGGAGAUGGAACAGCGUGCACGAGAACUGGUUGAAACAAUUGGAUCAAGUCAGCUAAUUCCGAUUGUCAUCAAGUAUGCUAGCAAGAUAAAACGAUUUCAUCUAGCGGACAGUUUAGCGCCACUGUUGCCAAGUUUCCAACAGCAGGAGAAGGAACAAGAAGAACAGGAAAUGGAAAUUGUGAGGGAAAACGCCGCCAUAGUUAGCGAACUAGAGCAUAUCAAUCUGGAAGCGGUCAUUAAGAAAGAUAACACACCUAAAAUUAAACCGAUGCCGAUGGUGAUGCGAAAGAACAACCCUUUCCGCAAAAACGAUAGUGCCUCGAAAUCAUCGGCACCCAUUUCCGGCAAUCCACUUGGUCAUCUGACGAGUAAAGCAAUCGGGUUCGACUCUCCGAGUGCAGCGAGACGAGACGAAUCGAACGGCGGCAGCAACAUAAGUGGGGUUUCCGAACUGACAGCCGACGGCAACAAUGGCCUGCCGGAGAACAAUGAAAAUCAAUCGAAAAAUAGCAACGGAGGAGGAACUCCUUCCGGGAUGAAGUUUUUACCCUGGUUCGAGAGCAACAAAGAUCAGCUGAAGAAGGAAAAUCCGGAUGUGAAUGAUGCCGAACUGAUCAAAGUAGGGAUGAGACAGUUCAAGACGUUGAACAGCUAUUCGCAGCCCCGUGGUUCGAGCGAGAAACGAAAGCUGGAAGAUGGCGAGAAGAAUGAGUCCGGAGUGGCCAAGUUGGCAAAGUUCGGUUUCACCAAGCAGUGACAUUUUUUGGUGUGGUAACUCGAUGUGUAUAAAAUAUGUACGGUUAAGCUAGAAAUAAAACUUGAUGGUCCUUAAAAAAGGCGUUGCAUUGGAAUAACCAUUAAUUAUUCGAAACUUUCUCAGUGCCGGAUUAUGGGGUGAAACGAUUAAUGAAUGUAAUCAUGCCUAUAGUAUCAUUCGGCGGGAGAAAACGUGAUUGA